AUGACUACCAGCGCGACUACAGCCGGAAAUGGUCUGCACCAAAACCAUGCAUCUUUUCUCGAACGCUUCAAUGCCCGACAAGCACAAAAUCGAGCCGCAAAGCAGAAACCCACGCUCUCGGUGGAAGAGCACGCUGCGCACAGGGCACAGCUAGGCAAAGUCCGAUUCAUCAAGCCCAGAUACUCUGAGCAAACCGAGAUCAACGUUAGCGGCAUCUUCAAUAAAUGGAGACGGUACUGCGCUGACAUGAAAGUUGGCGAGUGGAAGGCGACGCUCGAGAACCUUGACCGCGGAACGACGCAGGACUUCCUCCUCUACAUCUGCGAGCGCUGCAAAAUCACAUCAUGGGGCAGCGGACACGAGUACAUUCGCCAGUUCCAACAGCUUUAUACGACGAUAAAUGGCCAGUAUAUGGAUCGGAACGACACCAAGGAAGUGUACAAGUAUUAUCGCAGUGUACUCGUGCCCCGCUUCGGACACCGAGCGCCGAACAUCGAUGGUAAGCCGGUACUCAAUGUCGACAACCUACGAGUCAUCCUGACGUUCAAUAUCGGAUACGAUACAUCUGUCUUCCCUGGCGAACGUCACCGCAUCAACCUCGCUGGCUGCUAUCAGCUCCUGUGCUAUACGGGUGCGCGGCCGGCCGAGCUGGUAGAUGGUGAGCGACAGAAGCCAAAGGACGGCUCCAUCCAAGAACUCUUUGGCCAGAGUGCAGUUCAGUCGUCCUCUUCGGAGAGCAGUGAAGAUCAGGAUGGCCCUACGGAUGAACAAUCCAAAGUGCUCCACAGUCUUCUCUGCCAAGAAACCGUGGGACGUGGGCGUCCCAAGGCCCUGUGCUACGAGGAUAUCCAGAUGAUGAUCGUUCGACACCCGGCCACUGGACGAUGCAUGCCAGCCAUGGCCAUCAAGUUCGUUCAUCAUAAAGGCGCUGACAACAAGCCCAAGCCUACCAUCUUCUACUUCACACCCACAAGAAAGCUGCUCUUCUGCGCUGUUUCCACGAUUCUUUCUCUCGCUCUCCACGACAAUGCAUUCGAUGCUCCGAGCUUGACAGAUGCAGCCGUUAUAUUCAGAUCACGGCCACCGCGCUUCAAGCACUGCAUCCCGCUCCGAUGGAAGAAGUCUAUGUUAAAGACCCCAGUCUUUCGCCGAUAUCGUGGCACGGAACUCUCAGCUGAUGAGGCGAUGCUGUACUCCAAGCUCAGAGAUGACAUAGGUCAGCAGAGCCUCGACUCGGGACAUGAAAGGAAAUGGACACCUCGCUUCGCUAGGAGAGGCGCUGGAAACGCAGCUAAUGGUGCGUAUUUGUACAGCACACGUCCCCUAAAUGCCGACUUUGUCGCCAUGCCAUCACUGUUCCCUUUAUUGACUGUAUUCUUCACAGGAGACGCACCCGACUCCGUCCGCGACCAGAUGAUGCGCCAAGAUCCCCGAUUUAUGACUUUUCAAAGUGCGUACCUCAACGAGAUUGCGAAUUUCGACCUCCAAAACGCGUUCCUAGAAGAAGAGAAGGAGAGCCAGCUGUUCCGGCUGUUCGCACACGUCAGCCUUAUGCGCGAUCCUCGAGCUACGGCAGACAUGGUGCCCGACGAGGUCUGGGCUAACCUGGCACCAGACCCGGAAAUUGUCGAGCUCGAGGAACAGCGUGCACGAUUGAAGCAGGGCAAUUAUCGCAUCGAAGGUCAUGGGAAUGAGGAAGAAAUCCGACGGCUCACCAACAAAAUCCGCACGAAGAGAGCGUACCGCGAAAGGCAGGUCGUUAAAGAAUACCGCGAGGAUUAUUUCUACCACCGUCCCACUUGGGACAUUGAGCAGCAGGCACGGGGCGAGGAAGAGGAGGAGUACACAGAACCUGUCAUCGAUGUGCAUAUACCAGAACGCGACCGGCUAGCAAAUAUUCUUUGUCAUCAGCCGGAUGGCCUGACAGAGGAUCAGGUUCUCGAGCGAAGGAUCGAAGCAAUCCAACUCAUGGUGGCUCUGUGCGACAAACGCGAGACGGCCAAGCGUCAUCGCGUCCAGCAAAAUGUCAGGGCUCAACCGCACAUCAAAAUCGAACCUACCGAAGCGAGCAGUGAGCCUUCACCUAGUGUCAACCAGUUUCCUCUCCUCAUGCAACCCGGACAAUGCCCGGACUGCAUCGGUGACGAGCGGCUCUCUCUCGGAGAACGUACCUUUGCGUACUGCCGUCCGACCGUCAGGAACGACCACUUCGAUGACCAGCACUUGAUCGAGCGCGAGAGGGCACUGCAACGUGGCGAGAAGAUGGUGUGUACACACCCUACUUGUCGCACCCAAAACCAAGGUCAAAAUCUCGAAUUUCAUACCAUGGACCAUUUUCGGGCCCAUGUGCAGACGAUUCAUCGUGUGACGCUACGAUCAUCGUGCCAAGUGGAGCAAAGGCGGUUGCGCAAGCUCAGGCGUCGGAAGAUGGUUAAAGAAUAA